AUGUAUGAGAUUUCAAAGCAUCAGUUCUCUAGGACAAGAUCGAAAUGUGCAAAAGUUAUUAAUGGGAUUGUAGCUGAGCAGUACAAAAUUUUAUGGGAUUACGGUGAGGAAUUGAAGAGAACAAAUACAGGCAGUACAGUGCAAAUCGAAGGUUCGGGACAUACUUUUAAGAGAUUGUACAUCUGCAUAGGGGCUUGUAAGGAAGGAUUUAAGGCUGGGUGUAGGCCAGUUGUUGGGUUAGAUGGAUGCUUCCUAAAAUCUGCAGAAGGUGGACAGUUGUUGGCAGCUAUUGGGAUCGAUGGUGAGAACUAUAUGUUCCCGUUAGCAUGGGCAGUUGUGAAUGCAGAGAACAAAACAAACCGGCAAUGGUUCAUAGAAUUGUUGGUUCAUGACAUAGGAAUGCACAACCCUCGAGCUUGGACAUUCAUUUCCGACAAACAAAAGAGUUUGGUGGAUUCCAUAAGUCAAUACUGUGAAGGAGCGAAGCAUAGGUGUUGUGCUAGACAUCUUUAUAGCAAUUUCACCUUGGCACACAAAGGUCUGGCACUUAAGAACCUAUUUUGGACUGCAGCAAGGGCAACAACAGUGCCAGAGUGGAAGAGUGUAAUGAAUGAGUUAAUAGACAUAAGUGAAGAGGCUUUCAACUGGUUCCUUGAAAAACCUCCUUCCCAAUGCACCAGAUCCCAUUUCGAAGAGCAUUCGAGAUGUGAUAUUCUUCUUAAUAAUUUGUGUGAGGCUAAGUCUGAGGCAAGAUACUUGAAGGCAGACUAUGCAGGCAACCAUAAAUUUGAGAUAAGCAGUAGAGACGGUUUGAGGUGGAGCGUUGACUUGACACUACAUGCAUGUGCUUGCAGAAAAUGGCAGCUCACUGGAAUACCAUGUCCCCAUGCAAUAUUAGGCAUGCUUUCAAGUGAUAUUGGCAUAUAUGAGUACAUCGACACAUGGUAUAGCAAGGAGACAUACCUGAAAUGUUACUUCCCAGUGAUCCACCCGAUGUCAGGGCCUGAAUUAUGGCCAGAAUUGGGAAAACAUCCUCUCAAUCAACCUCAGAAGAGAAAACGGGCUGGCAGACCCUAA